AAGUCAUUCAAAAUGGUGUAAAAAAUGCAAUACGACCAAUAUAGAUAAUAAAAAACGUACUUGUUCUAAAUGUAAUGAAAAAUUGGAUACAUUAGCUGCCUUACAAGCUAAAUUAGCUAUUGAAUUAACUCAGGUUGAUAAUAUAACUUCUCAGUCAAGAACUUCUAAAAUAAAGACUUAUGAAUAUGCUCAAAAUUAA